CUCUCGCGUCAGCAGCUCAGCCUCAGCUGCCCUUUCAUGCACCAGUGAAAAAAAGCCCCCCAAAAAAUAAAAUAAAAUAAAAUAAAAAGAUGCUCUUCUCCCACUCUACACUCCCCAAUGCGACUUCUUUUCACUCUCUUUCUUACUCUCGUCAAAGGUCCUCCACUUCCUCGCGUCUCCUCUCAGCCACAACUUCAACCAACGGUUCCACUGCCAGGUUCAAAAUGUCGUCGGAUUCGCUUCCUGCUCUUCCGGAAUCCCGCAUCGUUCUAGGAUGUGGAGGAAUAUCAGUGGAUUUCUUGGCCGCUGUCGCUGCUUAUCCUAAGCCUGAUGAUAAGAUCAGAAGUACAAGCUUAAAGGUUCAAGGAGGUGGAAAUGCUGGGAAUUCUAUGACUUGCGCCGCUCGUUUGGGCUUAAAUCCUAGGAUAAUUUCCAAGAUUGCUGAUGACUCUCAAGGCAGGAGUAUUUUGGAGGAACUAGAAGCUGACGGUGUGGAUACUGCCUUUAUUGUGGUUUCCAAGGAUGGUAAUUCGCCGUUUACCUAUGUCAUUGUUGACAACCAAACGAAAACUCGUACUUGUAUUCAUACUCCAGGAUAUCCUCCCAUGAUACUGGAUGAUCUGUCCCAAUCAAGCCUAUUAUCUGCAUUGGAUGGAGUAAGAAUUGUCUAUUCUGAUGGAAGAUUGCCUGAAAUUGCUUUAGUUGUUGCACAAGAGGCGUAUCGCCAAAAUAUACCUAUUUUAAUUGAUGCAGAAAGGAAAAGGGAAGGUUUGGAUGAUCUUCUGAAAUUGGCUAGCUAUGUUGUAUGCUCUGCAAAAUUUCCACAGGCGUGGACUGAGGCACCAUCUAUUCCAAGUGCACUUGUUUCUAUGCUUUUGAGGUUGCCAAACAUUAAAUUCGUGAUUGUGACCUUGGGUGAAGAUGGAUGCAUAAUGCUUGAGAGAAGUACUAAUGAAGCUCCUGUAUCAGAGGAAACAGAUGUUGAUAGUUUGUUAGAGACACUGAAGAAGAGAAAGGAUGAUGCAAUUGCCAUCCCAAAAUGUUUCUCAUCGUCAUUGACAAAGCUAAGAGCAAAUGGGAUAGGAACAGUUAAUGGGAGGUUGUUCGUGGGAACAGUGGAGAAGAUUCCUCCACCAGAACUUGUUGAUACAACCGGUGCUGGAGAUGCCUUUAUUGGAGCAGUUCUUUAUGCUAUCUGUGCCAAAAUGCCACCAGAGAAAAUGUUGCCGUUUGCUGCUCAAGUGGCAGCUGCUAGCUGCAGAGCCUUGGGAGCUCGAACUGGUCUUCCACACCGCUCAGACUCCCGCUUGGCACCAUUUCUGCUUUAAAAGAGUUCCCUAAUCGUAAUGGUUUGUCUUUUUUUUCAAAUCAUUGGAGAGCUUUAAACUAUAAUUUUUGUCCAUAAGUAAUGAACAUGUUUCUUUCAUAACUACCAAAAAUAAAUAAAUGAAUGAGCUGAUAUAUUGGGUGGAAAAAUGCA